CAGUUGAAAGCCGGUUUGCGAGCGCGUUAUUUGCAGGCAAGAUGCUCCUUGCUGUCAUCUGCUGAAUGGUUGACGAAGCUCGGUGUUUAUAUUUUCGUAUUUCUUAACGACUUCCCUGUCAACAAGCUCUGAAUCAAAAUGGGCAGUGUGUCCGUUGUAGCCUUUUGCCUCAUUUUCUUCAGUAGUCUGGUACAUUCCUUUGCUGAAUUUACCGCUGAAGAUUGCUGGUCUUUGGGUCUUAACAAAGCAAAUUUAUUAUGUUCGUCCUGCGACCAAUUGAGUAAAUUUGAUCUCAAUGAAUUGAAGGACCACUGUAAACAAUGCUGCCACAAGGAUGAAAGUGCAGAUGCUGUCAAGCGAUAUCCUAAAGCACGCCUGGAAGUUUGCACUUGCAAAUUUGGAGCCUAUCCUCAAAUUCAAGCUUUUGUCAAGAGUGACAGGCCUGAUAAAUUUCCCAACUUGAACAUUCGCUAUGUGCGAGGUUUGGAUCCCGUGAUUAAGCUUUUGGAUGAAGACAGCAACAUUCAAGAGGUUCUGGCUAUUGAAAAGUGGGAUACUGACACUGUGGAAGAAUUCCUUAGAACUCAUCUCAUCCCUCCAGAAGAGCUCAGUGAUAAAAAUGACUACUUGAAGACCAACAUGGUGUGAUAUCUGUGAUAAUUUUUAUAACUCUGUGAUUUUUGAAAGUGUACUCAUUUCUACCUAAUAAAUAUGUAUUAAUGCAA